AUGGCUUCCCCGCGGCCAAUAAUCCUAAGAUUUGAGAGCCGGAACGGCCAGUUUCGGUUGACGGUUAGCCCGACUGAACAAUUUACAUCUCUGCUGCCAAAGAUACUUGAGAACUUACCCAAAGAUACCGACCCAUCUUCCGUUUCUCUUUCAAAUAAACCCAUAGGCACUGGUGGCCAGGAGAGAAAUCUUUCGACACUAAAAGGCAUUUCUAUACAGAGGGUUGGGCUAUCUCAUGGUGAUAAGCUUUUCGUCGGCUAUGAUGUGCAAAAAUCACCUGCUAAUGGUGUCCCAAAUGACCCAUCUGGAGGUAUCAAGAAACAGGAGGCAUCCCACCGUUUAGAUGGCGGCGCCGUACCUAAACAGGAUGGACCAUCAUCUACCAGACAACCAACCUCCCCAACAGCGAUAAUAAAGAAUCCCUGGGAAAUUGUGAGACAGUCAGAGCUGGACAACCGACUAGACACUAAAGAUGGAAAGAUACCCCGUCCAUUUGACCAAAAGAUGUGCAGACACGGCCCCAAAGGAAUGUGCGAUUACUGCAUGCCGUUGGAGCCAUACGCCCCUGAAUACCUGGCUGAAAAGAAGAUAAAGCACCUUUCAUUCAAUUCAUAUCUUCGUAAAAUUAACUCUUCCACCAAUAAACCAGAGCUGAAGAGCUCCUACAUGCCUCCCCUAUCGGAACCUUUCUAUAGGGUGAAGAAAGAUUGCCCAUCCGGACAUCCAGCCUGGCCUGACGGCAUAUGUACCAAGUGCCAGCCAAGUGCCAUAACAUUACAACCACAACAGUUCCGAAUGGUUGAUCAUGUUGAGUUCUCCUCUCCUGACCUGAUUAACUCACUACUGGACUUUUGGCGGAAAACUGGCUCCCAGAGAAUCGGAUUCCUCUACGGGACUUAUGAAGAAUACACUGAGGUGCCGCUUGGUAUUAAGGCCGUGGUACAGGCUAUAUACGAGCCACCGCAAGUGGAUGAGGUGGAUGGAGUAACGCUCCACGAAUGGGAGAAUGAAAAGGACGUUGACCAGGUGGCCAGGCUGUGCGGUAUGGAGAAGAUAGGAGUCAUUUUCACAGACCUCAUCGAUUCUGGUGCUGGAGAUGGAACUGUUAUCUGCAAACGACAUAUCGACUCUUACUACCUCUCCUCGCUAGAAGUUGUCUUUGCCUCUCAGCUUCAAGCACGGAAUCCGAAACCAUGCAAAUGGAGUGAAACAGGCCAGUUUGGUUCGAAUUUCGUGACUUGUGUCUUGAGCGGAGAUGAGAAUGGUGCCAUCUCUAUUAGUGCCUACCAGGCAUCUAACUCUGCCGUUGAAAUGGUACGGGCAGACAUCAUCGAGCCAUCAGCCGAUCCCUCCGUGAUGCUGGUUCAGCAAGAGAGUGAGUUAGAUAGUGCAAACAUCACACGUUAUAUCCCCGAAGUAUUCUACCGGAGAAUAAAUGAGUACAAGGUCAGCGUUCAGGAGAACGCCAACCCAAGCUUCCCUGUUGAAUACCUCUUCGUUACGCUUACCCACGGCUUCCCAACUAUGCCAACGACAGUAUUCACCGACUCCUCUUUCCCAAUUGAAAACCGAGAGAUCAUUGGUGAAAGCCAAGAUCUAAGGCGUGUUGCUAGUAAAUUAACUGGCAGCAGUGAUCCCAAUGUAGCCAUCAAAGCAGUUUCCAACUUCCAUCUCCUUGCUUUUCUACAUGGAAUGGGUAUUCUAAGUGAGGACGAGGAAGCUCUUCUUUGCAAUGUGGCUACUAAACAUGAUCCCGCCGAUGGCGUACAAUUGAUUAAUACGGCUGGCUGGGCCACGCUCGUGACAAUACUUCAGGAGAGUGGUGAGACGCCCCCAAAACGAUCCUGGCCCUUUAGGCGUGAACCCCCAACUUCUUCUUCCUCAUUCCACUCUUCCCAAAUUUCAAACUCGGAUGGUGAACAACUUGCUAAAAGGUUUCGAGGGGCUAGCCUAGAAUGA